UAUUUGUAUGUCCAAAAUGGGAGUCAUGAAGGUCUCGGUUUUGCUCUUCUUGUUUGUUCUUCUUCCUCAUGUGUUUGCGGAUUUAAGGUUUGGGUUUUACAGCUCUACUUGUCCGCGAGCGGAGUCAGUUGUCCGCGCGGUUGUGCAAAGGCGAUUUGCCAGCGAUAGAUCGAUCACCGCCGCCUUGCUUCGCAUGCAUUUUCAUGAUUGUUUCGUUAAUGGUUGUGAUGCGUCUAUUCUAAUAGAUUCAACUCCAACAACACAAUCAGAGAAAGAAGGAGGACCAAACCAAACUGUACGUGAGUAUGAGCUCAUCGACGAAAUUAAGAAAGCCUUAGAGGCGGCAUGUCCUUCAACUAUCUCAUGCGCUGAUAUAAUCACCCUAGCCACCCGCGACGCGAUAUCUUUAGCCGGAGGACCCAAUUACAAAGUACCAACCGGUAGACUCGACGGGCUAGUCUCAAACGCCGCGGAUGUGAACUUGCCGGGACCAGGGUCUAGUGUCUCAGGCAUAAUACAAACAUUUAGAGCUAAAGGACUAACCCUAAAUGACAUGGUCACACUCUUGGGUGCACACACAGUUGGUGUUGCUCAUUGUAGGUUUUUCCAAGAUAGGCUCAGUGGGCCGGAUCCAACCAUGGACCCCAAUCUGGCUACCAAGCUCAAUCAAAUUUGUGGGUCACAGUCCAGUUCGGAUUUCGGCCCAUCAGCAUUUUUGGACCAAAACACAUCAUUUGUGUUUGAUAAUGAGUAUUACAACCAAAUUCGUUUGAACAAAGGUAUAUUACAGAUUGAUCAAGCUCUUGCUUCGGAUAGAUCUACGGCUGGUAUCGUUUCGAGUUUCGCAUCCAAUGGUGUGGCGUUCGGACAAAAUUUUGCUAAGGCAAUGGUGAAAAUGGGAAAUCUUGUCAAUAAUGUUGGAGAGAUUAGAAAGAAUUGCAGAGUUUUCAAUCCUAAGCCGCAACAGCAGAAGGGGUCAAAGAAAUUUUAAUUAUUUAAUUAAUUCCCUUUAUAAUACUAUUAAAGGAAAAAAAAAUCUAUAAAUGUCACAUAAUAUAUGUCUAGCACUAUCAUUAUGUGAUUUUAUUUCUUGUUUUAAGAUGUUAUAUAUACGUUUUCUAUUAUUACCUUUUAGAAAAAGAUUACCACUAGAGCUUUUUUAUGGGUACAUCCCGCCACGUAUUUGGUCGUCCCUUAUGUAAAGCGGUGUUCUCUAAUCCAACUUAAGUUCAUUUGUAUU